CGAGGCAUAAAGCUCUGUUGCUGCGCUUCCUCUCUCUUUGUCCCUUUACGGUCUGUGUGAAACUUCAACUUCCAUGGAGUUUGAGACCCAAACUCUCUCAAACUUCGAUCUCCAAUCAAAGCCACCAUUUUCUUACUCGUUGAACAUGGGUGAAGACUCCUUGGAGCCUUAUGCUGCUCAUGAAUGCGACACGUUUGAAGGCUCUGAUUCUCCCUCCUCGGACGCUCCCAACACCGCCUAUUCCAAGUCUCUUGAUAUCAAUUCCAAAGAUGACCAGUUGCAUGCAACCGACGAUCAAGACUGCCCUAGCUUCGAACAGGUUCUAGUUUCGAAUCUAGACGCCGAUUUUCCGGCGGCCGAAGAGUCGUCGGGUGUGAAAGCUCCAGGAAGCUUGAUAGCGGUGGAGAAAGCUGCAGUGAUGUUGCAGAAAGUGUAUAGGAGUUACCGCACGCGGCGAAUGUUGGCGGACUCUGCAAUCGUCGCCGAAGAGCUCUGGUGGCAAGCUAUCGAUCAUGCUCGACUGAACCACAGCACGAUUUCUUUCUUCCAUUUCUCAAAAACGGAGACGAUGGAGUCACGCUGGGGUCGUAUCAGCCUGAAUGCUUCGAAAGUUGGCAAGGGUUUAUGCGAAGAGGCCAAAGCUCAGAAGUUGGCUUUUCAGCACUGGAUCGAAGCUAUCGAUCCACGACACCGAUAUGGGCACAACUUGCAUAUGUAUCAUGAACAAUGGUACAAAGCAGAUGCCGGUCAGCCUUUCUUCUAUUGGUUGGAUAUUGGAGAUGGCAAAGAGGUUGAUCUCAAAGAAUGCCCAAGAUCUAAGCUUCAAAGAGAAUGCAUUAAGUAUCUUGGACCUAAAGGAAGAGAACAUUAUGAAUACAUACUUGAGGAGGGGAAAAUUGUCCACAAACAAACUGGAGAUCUCCUAGAUACAAGCAAUGGAUUGCAAGGGGCCAAGUGGAUAUUUGUGAUGAGCACUUCUAAGAAACUGUAUGCUGGUGAGAAAAAGAAAGGAGCCUUUCAUCAUUCGAGCUUCCUUGCCGGGGGAGCUACUUUAUCUGCUGGAAAGCUUAUGGCAGGGCAUGGUAUACUUAAGUUCAUCUCAGCCUACAGUGGACAUUACCGCCCAACUGAUGGCUGCCUUGAAAAUUUUUUAUCCUUCCUACGGGAAAAUGGAGUAAAUCUCGAUGAAGUUCAGGUUCGGACUGCAAAUGAAGAUUAUGAGCAUUAUGAUACCAGCAAAUCAAAUGGAAGUAACGGGUCAGAAUCAACUGAAGAGACUAAAUCUGAAACCAAAGGAAAUUACCAAAGAACUUUAUCUGGUGGUCUUCGGAAUGGAACUGCUGAGGUUGCUAAGAAAGCUAUACUGCAAAGAAUCGACUCAAAGAAGGCAGUGAGUUCAUACCAGCUAGGGCAUCAACUGUCUCUAAAUUGGACAACAGGGGCUGGGCCGAGAAUUGGGUGUAUCGCAGACUACCCUGUAGAAUUGAGGGAUCAGGCUUUGGAGUUUGUGAACUUCUCUCCAAGUGAGCCCCCAACACCAACAGUCUCAUAGUGUAGUCAACUUCUUCCAAGAAAGCCCCCUACGCCAUCACCCUCCAGGUGAAUUGGUAGUACUGCAUCAGCUGCAGCUCACUGCAGGUUGGACUCUACUAUGUAUUAUGUGUCUGAUGUUUGGCUGUUUUUUCUCUCUUCUACAUUGCUUGUCUAAUAGAUGCUUUUAAUGACUGCAAAUCUCCUAUAUGUCACUUCAACCUUUGGGCCUCAUCAAAAUCACUUAUGUUUGAAAGUA